UCGACUUGAGCCAAAUCCUUAAAGCACUACAGCUAGUGACUACUAGUAUUAGGCAGAAAGUAGUAAUUUCCUUGUGUCCUUUUAUGCUUAGUGUAAUGUGCCAAUAUUUGUUUUUAGCUCUGAGGAAAAAAAUGCAUUUAAUAGUCUUCAAGUCCUCUUGAUUGGGCAUGGGGGAGGCAUACUCGAUUUGGUAGAUGAAUAAAGGUUAGUUUAACAAGAGCCAUGCUGGUCUACUUGGGGGAAUAGCUGCAAUUAUUAAAUCUUCUAUGUUAAAGCAGGCCCUUACCUUGCUUUAUGGUGUAGUUUGUAGUCUUCAAGCAGACCCUACGCUUUCUUAGAGAUAGUAUCAAAGCUGGCCAGUAUAGCUGGCACCGGUGCCCGAGUGACUCCUUUUGGCUGGCAUGCCGGCAAUACUCCUUGGCCAGCUUUGAUACUAUCUCUAAGGCACCGUAGGGUCUGCUUGGAGACUGAUAGUUUGUCCUUUUUAGAAUGUGUCGGACACGAACUCCUAUAUAUGAUAGCUAGUCUGUACCAUAGCCCUAGCUUGAUAGUAAGUAUGCUUUGCAAAAACUGAACGGUCUUUUGCUACCUCACAGUAGUUUGUUAUCGGCAGAACCUUAAGCUUGUUUUGGUUGUCAGUUUUGACCACAUCCGUACAGUGAGUCCUCUCGCCAAAAUCUGCCUUAUCUGAGAAAAUAAAAGCUAUCAACUCAUUGUUCUCCAGCUGUUGCCAUCCUGAUAUUUCAUUGUGUGUGGGACGGAAUGAUUCAUUUUUAUUUUUUGUUCUUGACUUUCUAUGUCGUUUAAUAUGCUCUGGUGAUUUCUGUAAAUUGAUAAUACAAAACGUAUUUUUACAGUGAUUUGAUUUUGCUGUUGAAGGAUUUUUAUUGUCUAUGAAUGAACAUAAGCUACAUUUGUAUCUCGUGGAUGUCCUCACAGGAAACAUGGACAUUUGAAUUAAAAGUUUUAAGUUACACUCAAAGAAUAAAAUUUUCCUGACUUUUGAGUUUCAAUAUUAUCAUAUGAUGCACAUACUGUAGCCUUCAGUAGCCUUCCAGGUUUGGAUAAGGUUGCGUCAUACUCACGUGAUUCCAAUGGACCAAUCAGAUGCAAGGUAUUUUGGCGCGAAACGUAUGUUCUGAAUUCGAAGCAGACGACAUUCACCACAGACGGCAGGAGAGGGACGUUUUCAGGAAGGGCUGGUGGAGGCUAGGACGAUGAGUGUGAAAGAACCGUUCCGAGUGGAAGACCUCCUCAGCAGUGUGCGCGAACUGCAGAAAGAAAAGUCGUUGCUGGAACAUGAACUAGCUGAAGCUAAGAGGAGGACGAAGGAGACAGAGAACAAACUUGAUGAAGUGAGUCAACAGCAUCGGCAGAUCUCUGUCCUCUACAACAAGAUGGUUGAGACCUUAAAAAUUGCAAAGCACAAGGUGGACCAAUCACAGCAGAUGGCAGAUAAUCAGGAACAAGUGAACCAAGAUAAGCGAGCCAGUCUGACAGAACUUAACUCCAGCAUUGAGCAGGAGGUACAGAGGCAGAGGCAGUACAGUCGCGAGUUUGAGAGUCAGCUGGAUGAAUUGACUGAUGCCUCUCAUCAUGCCUGGCUAUACUUCAAGGCUGAGUCUAUCGAGAAAGAGCUUCUGGAUCUUGAAGCCAUGAAGACAGAAGCUGAAAGAUUAGCUGAACAACAAGAAGAGGAAGUAUCAGCUCUCACAGAACGACUCAAUGACAUCAAGCUACAGCAGGGGAUUGAUACAUCCAUGGAUGAGUCACAGGAGGACCUUAUUCCAUAUGAGAUGCAGCAGAACUUGUAUAGGAUGUUCUAUGCAGAGAAUGACAUGAUCCAUGGACUGCAGACUGCCAUCAACACCACCUACAACAUGCUGCAGACCAAGCUACAAAGGUUGCGUCAGUGGGAGAACCCGGGUGAUGAUAGCCAGGACUGGUCCAUGUGUGGGGCUGAUGCGGGGGAGGGCAGGUCUCCUGUCGUGACGGACAAUCCCAAACCUGCUGAGAAUAUGCAGCAGAUUGAAGGUAGCACAGAUGUGGAACUGAGUGAAGAGGCAAGACAAGCUGUCUAGGCAGCAAAUCUCAAUGUUCAAUGGGAAGAAGUUUCAAGAAGAAUAAGAAGUUUACGAAUAAGAAUGUUCAAUAAGCAGUGGACGAUGUUUAAGUAAGAUAUCUAGAAAAUGGUUCGUUGAGACUCUGUACAUUGUCUAAAGGGCACGUACAUUGUCUAAAGGUUCGGUUGAAAUUCUUAGUUAGCUGCUGUAAGGUUUUAUGUCAACUAUACAUCAGUUGUUUUGUAAUGAUGUAAAUAAGCAUGUCAGUGGUACGCAAUAACUUCUUUGAAAUUACUAUCAUCUUCUGUGACUAAAAGAUAUCCUUUGUUAGGAAAUGUAACAAGAAACAACCACAACUUUUUAAAAACUCAAACCACGUUUUUAUUUCUAAAGUUGUCUUUUCUCUUUACACAGUGCUUUGUGGUAUCAGAAUAAUGUAUUUUUUACAUAUGAUUAAGAAACAACAUUUUCUUAAAAAGGUGGUAUACAAGGCACUUUGAAGUGAAUUAGAGCAAUUUCUGGUGUAUAAUCUAGUAUUGGACUAAAUUUUAUCUUUGUUGCUCAAGACUUUGGUCAUAAAGGAUCUUUAUAUACAUGGAAUAAAUGUUAAGAAUUCAUAAAACCAACACCAUUAUAUAAACAUGUUAUACAUGAAGUAACUUUACU